AUAAAGAUCGAAACUGGUGCUUUGAAAAGUUUUCUCUAUAAAAUUAUCGAACGUUUCUGUAAAACGUUUUUAUAUUUUGUUUAUAUAUAUAUAUAUAUAUAUAUAUAAAGACGUUAGGGUAGUUUACCUUACUCGAUGAUAUGAGUACGCAAAAUGAAAACGAUGAGAACGUAGAAGAGAAGAGAUCUAACUUGAAUUUAAGAAAGAUUCAAAAAUCGAAAUGUUUUAAGAGUUUUGUGCAAUUAAAACAUCAGGAAGACGUUUUAGAAAAAGGACUUGUCAAUUUAAUAAAUAAUAUGAAACUCGACGGUGACGUUAUCAAAAAUUUAUCUAAAGAAGAAAAGGAACUGUCCGCUAAGAGAGAAAAUGUAUUAUCAAUUCUAUGUAAAACGGUUUUCGAUAUCAAUGACGAUGUGAAAAAAGUAAAAAUGAUCAUAUCCGAUCCUGAAGAAAUUCAACAACUAGAUAUAAACAAAUUUAAAUCUAAAUUGAUCGAAAUUUCAAAAAAAUUGAACGAUUUUAAAAAAACUUGCCCUCUUCAAACAUUGUCAGAUGAUGGAAAUAAAUUGGAUUCCGAUCUAAAAGAAUUUUCAUCGCGUUUACAUAAAUAUAAUACAGUGAAUAAGACGAUAAAAUCAUCAAUCAUAGAUUUAUCGUCAUUUGACAAGGAUAAGAAAAAAAAUCACGAGGAUUACGAAGAGAUCGAAGAUUUCCAUGCGUUGAUUGUUAAAACCGGUUAUACGCAACAUUGGAGCGACGAGGAUCAUUUGUUCUUUUUAAAGAUGAGAAAAAAAUAUAAAAACGUGCCUGCAUUAGUUAACGCCAUUAAAACGAAAUGUCCAGAUAUGUCGAUAGAAAAAAUAAUAAAUCACGAAACUUGGUACAAAUUAUAUCUUGAACUACGUGAAAGACAGAGAUUAAAGAUAAACGAAUGGCGAAAGCGUAAGGAAUUGAAUAAAAUGAAAAAAUUACAAAACGUAAAAACUAUCGACAAGAAAAAUCAACGAUCUGAAAUGUCGACGGGUCAUUUAGAAAAAAAUAUGAUUAAUGAUAAAGAUGAGAGAUCCGACGCAAUUAUCAAUGAAAAUAUUAAUAAGAAGGAAUUGAUUAAAAAGUGGAAAUUAGAAAGAGAAAACAAACGGAUUAUGGAGGAGGAACAAUCGAAAUUGCGAUUAGAAUCCAAACGGGUCUUGGAUGAGAAACGUGCACGAAUUAGAAUGGAAGCAAUACGGGAAAAUUUGCGAGAUUAUAGGAAUAAAAAAUCAAUGGACGAAUUUUUGGAUAAUACGAAAAAGGAUAUAAAAGGUACGAAAGAAUAUGAUCCCACGUUGAUCAAAGAAUUUAGAAAACAGGAUGAGGAAUAUAUUCGAAAAAGAAGGAUAUUAAUUUCGCGUACGGACAAAAUUCAACAAAAUAAAUUUACGAUCUCGCGAAAAUAUAAAUUAAAUAAAUAUCCUUCGACAUUGUGCGAACCUACAAAAGCAUGGCAAGAAAAAUGUAAAAUUGAGGAUUUCAAAAAGAAAAAUAGUCAAGAAGUACGAUACAUUAAGGAUAUACCAAAAUUAUAUACACGAUGGAGAAACGAAGAGUCUAUAGAUUUACAAAAUUAUUUUGCAUUGUGAAAAAACAAUCGUGUAUUUUUUACAAAAAUUUCAUACUUACUUGAAACAUCUAAUUUUCCUUUUGUUUUUUAAAUACACGAAAGAGUUCACUGUCAACACUGAACUUUCAUUAUGAAUUAAUUGCAAUUAUGAAUCUCAGCACUACAUAUAUAUAUAUAUACAUAUAUGUACAACACGCACACACACUCACGCACGCACGCAUAUGAAAGCUUUUAUUAUAAAAUAAUUCAAAAUAUAUUUCUACAUGCAUUCUAUGUGCAAAUUCUACUUUAAAUACAAAAGCAAAGUAAAUGAAAAACGAAUGCUUAACUUUACAUAUAAAAAAAAAAUAUAUAUAUAUAUAUAUAUAUAUACAUAUAUAUACACUGAUAAAAAGAAAAGCAAUUUAAUACAAAAAUUAAGAUAAACAAAUUAGGUAGGUUCCAAAAAAAAAUGGGUUAACAGGAUGAAAUGAGCCGAACGAUUGAUAUAUACUUAUGUUUAUUUUUCUUUACGAACGUACCUUUUUUGUUAUUUUUUUUUUCUUUUUUUUUUGUUUUUUUUUUUUUUCCUUUCAGACGAUGUAUAUAAUAAGUUAUGAGUAAACGAACGUUGAGUUUAUCCAGGACAGUCUGUUAUUGGUAUAAUUAGCUUUACAACUAUGUAAUAGUUCCCCUCCACUCCGCUCUCUAAAUACAUUACCUGAUUUUCUAAAACACAAUAGGGGUGGGGGAGUAAAAGGAUAAUUUUUCAUCUGGUCAUGGAUAACACCAACACUCGACGCGGCUUUACUCAAAUAUAUAAUAUACUUUCUAUUAACCUUCUGUUCGUUAAUCCGAUAUCCUUUUCGUUUAGAUUACCAAAUACAAAAACAUA